AUCAAGGAUUUCAUAUAAAUUAAUUGUCGGGAUAUUUGAUUAUUUUGAGAUAUUUUUAUUGGUUAUGUUUAGCAUAACUAGUAUUAUUAAUGAUGUUUUGUUUAGAAAGUUAUUAUAAUGGUUUUCUUUGUUAUGAGGGUUAGAUGAUUUGUGAGACUAGUUCUAUAAAUAUGUACCUUCACGUUUUAAUUCAUGAUUGAGAAUUCAAGUAUUAGAAGUAAGUUAAGUUGUACUGUUUGUUGUAGUGUCACUGUGGUAGUAUCAACUAUCAAGAACUAAUUGGUGUCAAUAACUCUAAUUAUUGAGAGAGUUUCAAUAAUUCUUUACCACAUACUACCCCCCUCCCCCUAUCCACACACACAAUAACUACUCAUAUGGGUUUGAAAUUUGCUUAACUACUCAUAGGGUCACGGGGAUUUAAGUAAAAUAUCUCUCGAUCAUAGAACGCUCUGAUACCAUGUUACAAACGAGUUGAUCCGAGUUAACUUUCACAUGCCCUCUCAAACUCAAGCCACUCAUAAGUACUUGACAUUUGUACAAUAGAAAAAUGGGUUUAUCACAAUUUGAAUAGAUGACUUCCCAUUUAUAAAAAGCUCUAAUAUCAUGUCAAAGACUCAAGACUCAUCAGCCACUUUAUCCCAAGUUCUGACACCCCAUCUUUAAUCUAUGCAUGAUAAGUUGUAGCUUCUUUAUAUCCCUGUGUUUCUUAAGGAGGGAAAAGAGAGGGAGGGAAAAGGGAGGAGGGAAAGCACAAAAAUCGAUGUUUUUCCCCUGUUUGCGAGAUGGAAGGAAAGCAGGGAGGGAGGGAAAAUACAAAGAAAAUGUACUGUACAACCAAUCCUCCCAAAUUGGAGAGAAAACUAUAUUCCUCUCUGCGUGGCCCACUUCCCCUCUCUUUUCUUUGUUUCUUUAAUUUAUUAGUUAUUCUACUUUCUUUUCUCUUUUUUGUUCUUCUUUCUUGUUUUUGUUUUGUUGAAAUUUUUAUGAUAAAAGAUUAACUUUGAUGUCUAAUAAUAGAAAAAUUGUAUAAAAAAAUACUAGCCAAGAUAUACAUAAUGAAAAUGAGGAGACUAAAUACAUUACUCUUUAAUCAUGAACGUAACACAAAAUUGUUUUACAUCACGCAUAACGUAGUUUCAUAUCACACAUUAAUAAGCAAGAAACUACAAAUCUAAUUCACAAUUCAUAAACAAUGAACAUAAUAUCAAAAUAAAGUUAAACUAUUUUACUAUUAUAUACCCAAUAAAAUAACAUAUCCACCACACUUCCCAAUACACAUUUUCAUUUCUACUUUCCUUCAUAAAACAACAUUUUCCUUCCAAUUUCCUUCACCUCCAAAUUGUCCCUCCCCUCCUAAUUCCCUUCCCCUCCCCUCCAUUUUCCUCCCUUCCUUCGGAAACAGGGGUAUGUGUUCUGAAAAGUGGGUUGUUAGAGAGACAUAUAUAAAGGUACGCCGGCAGCUGUAUUCAUUUCGACGGUAAACGUUGAGAAUAUGAGAGUGAGACACAUUGAUUUGUAGGGGAGUGGAAGAUAAAGCAAUCUUAUCAAGUUACGUGUAGGCUUCUUCUUCUUUCCCCUUUUGACAACCAAACCUCGUUUUGUGCUCCUCUUACUCGUCCUAUGCAUGGUGUCAACAUAACGUCAAACUAUGGAUCCCAAAUCCGGCAGGUCUCAGAUUUCAUUAAUUUUUUUUUUUUCAAGAGCUUGAAUUCACAAGAAGGCCGAACGACAACUCCGAAAAGUAGCUGAUUUGAAACAAGGGUUACAAGAUAAUAUUCAUUUUCAUAUUUUUUGAGUAAAUUUUUACUGUCAUAUCACAAUAUUAGAACUAACAAUAAUAUUAUAGUAGUAUGAUGUUGAUAUGAUAGUGAUAAAAUGUUAAUAUGAUAUCUUAUGUUUGACAUAUAAUUUAAUGACUUCAUAUCAGUAUCAUAUCAUGAUAUUUUUAAUUGUAUCAGUAUCGUAGUGAUAUAGUAGUGAUAUAAAGUUGGUGAGUUCUUAUGUUUGACAAACUAUAAGAAAAUGUAUAUCACAGUGAAGAUAUUAAUGUUGAUAUAGUAGUGAUCGAAAGUGAUUUCUCCUGUACUGCCAUGGUAUUGACAAGUUUUGUAUCGAGAGCGAGUUUUAUCCGCUUUUGUAGUUGGUAGGUUGUUUCGAGUGUGAAUUUGUUAAUAACUCUAUUCGGCCGGGUCAGGGCUAGCUGAACGAGUUUUUGAUCUAGACUAAGCUUUAUCCGCUUUAAGGGUUUUUAUUUCUCCUUUUCCUUUUGAUUAAGAAUGACAAUUGAACCCGGACCCGGUGCUAAUGAGUUUUGUAUCGAGAGUGUGUUUUAUCCGCUUUAAUAAUUGACAUGUUGAGCCAAGUGUGAAUUGUUAAAAACCCAUUUUGAACCAGUCAAUGUGAGUUGAGCUCGGUCUGUAAAGUUUUCGGUAUGGAGCAAGUUUUAUCCUCUUUGGUGUUUUUUAUUUAUCUUUUUUCCUUUUGGUUGAGCAGCCAAACUUAUGAGUAUCCAACCUAUUUAAUAUGAUCAAAACAAAUUGAACCCAGUGUUUACAUCUUACACAUAUAAAUCAUUUGCUCGACGACCUUUAUCCUUUAUUAAAGUUUAUUGCUGCGUCAACUAUAUGGAGUUGUAUAUGACAAGCCCUUUACUUUUAAUCAAAAUUCAAACUAUUCAUUUUUAAAAUAUCACAUACUCGCUCACACGCGAAGCAAUUGAGAGAGGGCUUAUGCUAGUUACAACAAAAAGAAAGUAAUGUAAAGACGAUAUUUGACAUAAACAAACGACUUCCAGUCCGGUCUUUUCGGGAAUAUAAAGACCAAAGAUUGGAUUGGAUACAGUCCAGUCUUGACCCAGUCCAGUGCCAAUUCGGUCUUGAUUUUAGAUUGUACUUGUGGGGAUUUGAGUGGAUUGAGGACUCAAAGAGUGAGGAGUUGGUUAAGUUUUGGGUGGUGGGCUCUCUUAUCCGAUCUUUAUCGGGUUUUUGAUCCGGUCCCAAACGAUUUUUUACCUCAAAUCUAAGCCUAAAUAUUGGAUUGGAUUGUUUGUUAUCCGAUUUCGGUCCGGUCUCGGUCCGGGUUAUACAGUCCGGUUUCGAGAAAAACCAAAUAGCCCAGACCAAAUAGCCAGCCCUAACCCUGAUGACUUAUCACGUUGACCUUUAAAAUGUAGUGGUCGACCGUUUGUAGUAGUAAGUUGUCAUUGUUGGUCGACCACAAUAAAACAUCGUAGCCCUUUUCAUUAGCGUCAGAAGCAAAAUGAUCGACCGUAAAGGUAUAUAGGUCGACCACUUGAUGGCGUCAUUAAGAAAAUGGUCGACCAUUUACAAAAAGAGGUCGACAAGAUAGAAGAGAAGUGUUGUAUCCAUUUAUCCAUCAUCAUUUGACGUAAAAUGAAGAUCAAGUGUUGGUUUCGCGGUCGACCUAAUCCUGUACGAGGUCGACCGAGAAAAUCAACCUAUACCUUGCUUCUUUUUUGCUUAUGUAUGUUGAUUUUGGUGGUUCUUUUGCUCGUACAAAUUACGUUUCAAACCAACAGAAUAAGUCAUAAAUAAUGAUAACAAGGACUCAUAACUUCCACGUGGUCGAUCUCUUGAAUCACAUACAAACAGCAACCGCAAAGGAUCUUCUUCACAAAAGCUCUAACCGUAAAAAAAAAAAAAACCUAACUUAGCUACUGCCCUUUUCCAUCGACAAUUGCAUAAAGAACGGGUAGGAUGUCAUUGUGUAGUUAGCCCUAACUUAGCUAAUGCCCUUGAACUGAUCAAAUUGGAUUUCAUCUCUCCGUCAAUAACCAGAGAACACAAAUUCUCUUUAACCCAACAACGAGUAUGGAACAUAUUGUCGUGCUCUAGCUCUGCUGCCAUCGCUUGAUAAGAUCUUCUCCUUGUUGUUGAUCAUUUUGAAUCGGAGAUCUUAAAAUUGCCGUUGAAUUUGAACCGGACUCUGAUACCACUUUAUAUGAUUCAAAUUUAAAGAGAAACCUCGAACUCGGAUGAUAUGACCAAAGUACCCACCUUUUAACCGGAGCCUGAUUUGUUUCAAUUUAAUCCAUCCAAACCAAUUAUGUUAAUUAAGCAUUGGAUAAAAUUCAGCCUCUAAGGAAAAAAGAAGGUUUUCUAUCUUAAUCAAUCAUUAUAUUCAAAUUGAUAUUGCCUGAUUCACAUACUUCCACAGCUUCAAUUCAUUAAGUUUUUGUAAUGUAAUAGAUUAAGCUGUAAUAUCAAGGUAGUUCCAACCAUUCUAAUUUUUAUUUAUCAAGAUUAAGCCGUAACUUCAAGAAUAUCAAGAUUAAAUCACUUUAUCCCUUCCUUUUUAUUUAUUUAUUUAUCCCACUAAAUAUAAGUAUAGAUAAAUACUCAAUAUUUCUCGAAUCAUUCUAAUUUUUUAUUAUGAAUAAAAAUAUUAUUUUAUAUAAAACUAAAAAAUUUAUUGUUAUUUCUAACAAUCACGGUUACCAAAGAAUGAACAAUUUAAAAUAUUUUUUAACAGUAGAAAAAGCUAAAAUAUUUGGAUUGUUAACAAUCCUAAGAUUGACGAUGGUGAUAAUAUUGAGGAAUAUUGAAGAAGCCUCCCUUUGGUAAGUGAAGCUGCCCAAAUACUGAGGGUACUGUCACAUGUGGCAGAUGACAUGGCGCCAACAAGGUGACAACAUGGCGGCUGCACAUGUGGCAUGCAUGGAAGACUAGUAGCAUAGAGAUGCUCCUAGGAUUCUCCACCUUAAUGUAGAGCUUAAUGGUGCACUUAUGAGUCACAUAAUGGUGACAUUGAUAGAGUGCAUAAUGGGGGGGACUUAAUGGGUGUAUUGAUGUAGUAGAGGGACAUUAUGAGGGGGCAUUGAUGCCUUGUAUGUGGAGAGGCCUAUAUAAGGAGCCAUCUCCCUCACUUGUAACUCAUCCAUCAUUUUUGUGAGCAAUACAACUAUAGAGUUUCUCCCAUCUUCUUGUGUCUUGUUCUUGUGAGUUGAGUGAGUUUGAGAGCUUGUGAGAAGGCUGCCUAGUAUCUCUAACGGAAUUGAGAGCUAGGGCCGCACGACCAAGAGUAAGGCCGUGACAGUUGGUAUCAGAGCCUGGUUCUGAAAGAAGAACCGGUGUCCUCACUCCUCAAGAAGGAAGAUAAGAAAGAGCGAGAGCCUCACCAAAGAUGACUGGAUCAGAAGUCCAUGACGAUGCGGAGAAGCACCGUGGACGGGAUACCGUGAAGAAUCCCAAGGCAAAGGGUGACAAGUCAAGCACUCGUGAUCCUAUGACGUCUCUAGAGAGGCGUGUCUCUAGAGUGGAGGUGAAGUUGGCGGAAGAUAUCACCGCCAUCGAGGAUUUGGGAGCUAACUUCGCCCAAGUCGAAAGCGAUUGUCAAGGUAUGAAUGCUCGGUUGUCGAGCUUGGAGAUUGGUCAUGAUGGCAUACGAGAAGAGCUUGUGGCCCUCAUCAACAACACCAUCAACACAUCCUUGAACAACGCCAUUGAAGUUGUCAAAGAGCAUGUCCAGGCUGAGCUGGUCGGCGUGAAGGAGGAGAUUGCAGACCUCAAGAGUGAGGUCACUCUCGUGAAGAGAGCCAUGGCUAACGGACCUGCCAUUGCACAACCUACCUCAACCAUGGAGGUUCCUAGACCAAAGAGCUUUCAAGGGUCGAGGAAUGCAAGGGAGUUAGAGAACUUCCUAUGGAGCUUGGAGCAAUACUUCGAAGCUUCGGGUAUUCGAGAUGAGAAUACUAAGGUAAAAACUGCACCUCUUUACUUGAGUGAUGUUGCCAUGCUGUGGUGGAGAAGGACCCAAGGCGAUAUCAAUAAAGGGGCGUGCGUGAUGGAGUCAUGGGAUGACUUCAAGAGGGAGAUCAAGAGGCAAUUCUACCCAGAGAAUGUUGAGUUUGAAGCCCGGUCGAGACUAAGGAGGCUUGCUCACGAAGGAGAGAUUCAAGGGUAUGUGAAAGAGUUUUCUGAAUUGUUGCUCGAGAUCCCCGACUACACCGACAAGGAGGCCAUGUUCACCUUCCUUGACGGCCUCCAACCAUGGGCGAAGUUGGAGCUACAACGGCGAGGCGUGCAAAGUCUUGCCGAGGCAAUGGCGAUUUCCGAGUCCCUAGUCGAGUACCACGAGCCGGAGGAACGUGCGGAGUUCGGAGGCAAUGGAGGUGGACGCGACUAUGAUAGAGACACACGAAGGCGUGGUAGACCGGACCAAGGAGGUAGUCAUAAGGUUGAGAAACCACUUACUUGCUUUCUUUGUGAUGGUCCACACCGUGUGAGAGAUUGCCCAAGAAAGCACAAGUUGUCGGCAAUGAAGGCCGUACUGGCAGAGUGCUCGAGCUCGGAAGAGGAAGCAGAGGAGGCUCCAAGAGUGGAGCCCCAUGUCGCGAAGAUCGGUUGCAUGAAGAGAUUGAGCGCCAUCAAGCGGGCGGAAGAGCCUCUCCAACCCGAGCAGCACGGCCAAUGCUUCGUAGAGGCGAAGCUCAACCAAAGGAAAACAAAAGCUUUGGUUGAUACUGGGGCAAGUUGCAACCUUCUUGACGUAGGUGAAGCGCAGAGGCUAGGCAUCACGUACGAGAAGAAGCAAAGAGGGUGGAUGAAAGCUACCAACUCAAGGGCCACAAGAACUCAUGGAGUAGCGCGCCAGGUGCCACUCAAGCUUGGAGGAUGGACCGGGGUGGCAGACUUUGAGGUUGUGUCGUUGGAUGAUUAUCAGGUCAUCAUCGGCAUGGAAUUCAUGGUGCGGGAGAAAGAUUUCCCGAUUCCCUACGCCAAUAGAUUCUGCAUCAAUGGCGGAGCAAGAUCGGUUCCCAUGACAAGAGAGCAACUCGAGUCAAACAAGAGGUGUUUGGCAAGGCAAGAGCAGCGAGAAGUGGCAACGAUGGUGGAGGCAGCGGCUCACUCGAAGACUCGUUGGAGAAGGACGAGAAGGAGGAGUGCACAACAUCGUGGAGCCAUGAGAGACGAGGAUGUAUCAUCUUCGACUUGCCAAGAGAAGCAAGGAAAGGCCACCAUGAUCGAGAAGGCGGGACACUCAAAGACGCGACGGAGAAGACCGCGGAGGAGUGUGCAACAUCAUGGGAGCACAAGGCUCGAGAGCGAGCCAGGGCCAUCCUUGGUUUGGAGGAAGGUGCAACGAGACCUUGCAAGCAAUGAAGCUAAGGCAAGGAAGGCGUCUGCCAAAGAGCCACGACGAGGGCGUCGUGGAUUGAGUGAAGGAGAAUGUCACCAACGAGGCUCAAGAGUCGAAAGAGGCUGCUCGAGGUCGAAGGAGGCAUUUCGUAGCAAGGACGCGACGAGGGCGUCGCGAGCAUAGGUGGGGGAGGAUGUCACAUGUGGCAGAUGACAUGGCGCCAACAAGGUGACAACAUGGCGGCUGCACAUGUGGCAUGCAUGGAAGACUAGUGGCAUAGAGAUGCUCCUAGGAUUCUCCACCUUAAUGUAGAGCUUAAUGGUGCACUUAUGAGUCACAUAAUGGUGACAUUGAUAGAGUGCAUAAUGGGGGGGACUUAAUGGGUGUAUUGAUGUAGUAGAGGGACAUUAUGAGGGGGCAUUGAUGCCUUGUAUGUGGAGAGGCCUAUAUAAGGAGCCAUCUCCCUCACUUGUAACUCAUCCAUCAUUUUUGUGAGCAAUACAACUAUAGAGUUUCUCCCAUCUUCUUGUGUCUUGUUCUUGUGAGUUGAGUGAGUUUGAGAGCUUGUGAGAAGGCUGCCUAGUAUCUCUAACGGAAUUGAGAGCUAGGGCCGCACGACCAAGAGUAAGGCCGUGACAGUACCGCUCGGGCACCAAAGGUGCUUACUUCCAUAAUAUCUCGGCCAAACUCGGCCAAUUAGAUUCAGAACCCAUCGUAAAACAUCACCGGAUUCAGAUCUCAUCGUGUAAUUAAUAACUCUAGUUUUAUUUUAUACUAUGUAUUAUCUCUUCCCCGUUACAUGAGGAAUUUUACAAUGCUAUAUAGCAUAGCAUUGGUGUUAUAGGUUUUUGUCUUUGUGGUACAACUUGAAAUUGUACCUUUAACGUUAUGGUACAACUUCAAAUUGUACAUAUACUUUUUGUGCAAAUUCUUUUAUGGUACAACUUAAAUUUAUACUUUUAUGUGAUGGUACAACUUCAAGUUGUUAAGUUGUACCAUAACAUAAUGGUAUAAAUUCCUUUAUGGUAG